AGUGGUGAGUGACCUUGUAUUGUUUGUGCUGUGUAAAUAGCUUAUGUAAAGCUGUGUAUUGUAUGGCAAGGCUGGUGAUAUACAGGUAACAUUGGCUCACAGUGGCUGCCCAGUCUUCAGUGUAUUCACAGUGAGCCAGACCUGCACGAACAUCAUGGGAUUACACAUGGGAUUCUGGGGCUAGGGGGGUCGAUCCCUACCCCCUUGCACCAAAACGGGGAUCCUGCAGUCAAUCCCUUGGGAUCUAGUCACCAUGUGACGUGGGGUGUCAUGUACAGGUAGACGAGAUUGUGCUGUGUUUAUGUCCUGAUGGACACCAUAACCUCGGCCGCGGCCAUGUGUUAAUGUCUAUGGUGUUACUGGAAUAUGUCUGUGUGAACCAGUAUAACAGCUAGACCAGGGACUGUAUGUGUGUGAAGAUUGUGCUUGUGUUACAGUAGUCAGUGACCCAUACCUAUAUAUAUACUUAGUAGAGUGGAUUGUGUAAAAAAAAGCAACCAUCUUGUUUGUGGAUUUAAAACUCAAUACAUCAGUAUGUGACAGAAAUGCCUAAAUGAACGGCGGCGUAGGGACCAGGAGAACCUGUACUUCGAGGAGCUUGCAGAGUUAAUUUCAGCAAGGAUCACGGACAUGAACUCCUUCUCAGUGAAACCGGAGAAGUGUGCAAUACUACAGGAGAGUCUGAACCAAAUCAAACAGAUCAAACAAGAAGCAGGAUCAGAGGCAGUACAACAAAGUCAAGUGUCAUCCAGCAAGUCUACAGUUUUGGCCAACAAUGUCAUUGGGCCUCUUCUAUUAGAGGCCCUUGAUGGAUUUCUUUUUGUUGUAAAUGGUCAAGGAAAAGUUGAAUUUGUGUCUGAAAAUGUGUCCAGUUACCUUAAAUAUGUAGAGGAUGACCUAGUUGGAAAAAGUGUCUAUAACAUAAUACAUGUGGGGGAUCAUGCCAAAUUUAGUAGCAGCCUUCUUCCUAUGUCCCUUGGGAAAAUACUACCAGUAUCAUUAGCGAGUGUUAUCCCUUGGUCAACAGAGGCUGUAGCGGCCAAAGGCCGAACAUUUAAUUGUCGCAUGCUGAUUAAACCUCCAUGUGAAGAAAACGAUGAUGUCGAGGUUAAACAAACCUAUGUAUCUCAAUAUGAGAAUAUGCAAAUCUCUGCCAUUUUGCAGCCCGGGGAAAAAUUUUCUGAUGCCUCGGAGAGCACAGAAGGCCAGUCUUGUCUAGUGUGUAUUGCACGACGACUUUCUUUAGCAGAGAAGACCAAUACAAUGCUGGGCAUUGAACAAUUUACUACGAAACAGGAUUUAAACGGAAAAAUUAUAGCUCAUGAUACAAGUGGUAUAGCACCAGGACAUUAUACCUGCCCUAACUUCAUUGGACAGAAUCUCCAGGAUUUUUGCCACCUCAAUGAUGUACAGAUUUUAUCUAAACACAUACAGGAAGUGCUGAAAUCCAGAACCAACACAAGCAGUGUCUAUCGCUUUAAGUUAGAAGGCAGUCGUUAUGUGUUUGUUCAGACUAAGAGCACACUGUUUACGAACCAGAACAAUGGUGACCCUGACUUUGUCAUGUCAACCCAUUCCAUCAUCCGUCAGUGUGACUCUGAUAAUGAACUGAAGGGCUCGGCAUCGUCCAGUCUUAUGAAGUCUAUCAUUGGUCAGUCACCUCUGUUGACCAGCCAGCGAAAUCCAAAUAGCCCUGUAAAUCAGAACUUGUCCAUGAUGCUCGGCACACUUAACCCCUCGUUCAUGUCGCAGGGGAUGGGCUCGGGCGGAGUUAUGCCCCCCCAGGAGGAGGACAGUCUCGACCUCUUUACUUCUUCCCACAGUUGGGAUACAUUUGCAUCCGAGAUCUCUGGGAUUAAUUCCGCAGUAGGAAAUAAUGGCAACUUUGCUAUGUCAAGUGGGAACUCGAGGACACCAGUGUCCCAAAGUGUCAACAUGAAUUCGUGGAACAAUAAUAUUGGAUCAAUGAAAUCAUCUGUCAUGGUUCAACAAUUACAGCAGAGGCCCAACAUGGCACCCCUUCCACAGCAGGUCUCUAUGGCAGACAAACGACAGCUUCAAGCUGCUAUGAACUUCCAGAGAAGUAACUCUUUUGAAACCUCCGGACAGAAAAGUCCAGGGUUCUCUCCAAGCUCAAAUCCGAAAAAUAUGCCAUUUCCUAUGCCAAAUCAACGUAACAUGGGCAUGAUGGGAUAUUCUAAUCAGCGUAGUCCAGGAAGUAGUUCUGGAUCUCUGAACCGUAUGUCUCCCGCAGGAAGUGGGAAUAUCGGAGUGCCAUACCCACAUCAGCGGACUCCACCAAUAUCGUCCGGACCACCUCCAGUGUCUGGGAACCAAGGGAUCCAGUCGUGGGUGAGAAUGCACCCUCCACAAGUCAGCAACAUUGGAGGUCUCGCCUCCAGCCAAUCAGCUACUACUCCCUUACAGGCACUUCAGUCUAUGGACUCCCAGCAGUCUAAUAUGAUUGGAUCCAACCAUGUAAGCCCCUCCCCUCGGCUUUCAGGGAGUGAGUUCAAUUUCCCUGGGUCUGAAAACCAGGGAUUGGAAAAAAGAACUACCCCAUCAAAUGCCCGGGUGGGCAAACUGUGUAUGUUACUGACUCAGACAUCGUCCUGUUCCGACUAUGACUUAUUCAGUCGGAGUUCCUCUGUGGAUAGUAAUGCCUCAGGCAUAAGGGAUAAUAAAAUAUUGGACAGCUCUGUAGUGAAAUCUCCAGCAGAUAGUGGUAUUCAGAGUCCACAGCCGGGACCUGGUCAGAGUCCUCCUGACAAACCUCAGAGCACUACACAGAACGAUGACAGCGACGGCAGGUCAAAGCCUAAAUCUGACCAGAGCAAUUUCAUCCUCAAACAGCUGCUUAGUCAGGAGGAAGACACAGAGCAGGAGGUGGAGAGCAAGGCCAGUAAUGAGGCAGGCACACUGGAAGGCAGCGGAGAAAUGGAGAAAAAUGAGGCAGAGGCUAAAAAGCCAGCCAAUGUAUUACUGAAGCAACUCCUCAGCAAGGAAGAAAAUGCGCUUCUUCUACAAGCCAAGAAUAAGGAAUCGGGCAAUGGAAAGCAGCGCAAGCUCUCUGGGGAGCUGCUACAGAUAUUGCUCAACGAUGAUGAAAUGACCUGUACAUCCGCACCGGCUGAGAGCACUAGUCAAGAGAAUGACCUCUCGUCACGUAAUCGUCACCAGUCAGGACCACAGGAGCCCCAGUCGACGACCAUGACCCCACUAACUCCUCUCACACCCGUGACCCCAUUGACCCCGUUAACCCCUCAACACCCACUACCUCCAACAACCCCCACCCAAUCACAGGGAGGAGGGUCUCUACCCACCCAAACACAACAUGGGACCUCAUACUCGCAAGCUCAAUCCAGCAUGGACCGCCCCACUACAAAGGGGGCCUCCAUAGGGGGCCCAGGUGGGGCUCCAAUGGGGGCAGACAGCGCCAAAAAGAUCCCAAAUACCUCAUCUCUUCUUGGAGACAAAAACCUUGAUAAUCUGCUUAACUAUUUCUGGGAGAAAGGUAAUGAAGAAACUGGUAAUGUUCCAAGCAACAGUAUAGCCUCAAAGGCUCUCAAGCGGAAAGCACCUCCCUCAGAUACUGACGGCCCCGACGGAUCAGACUCCGAGAUGAUAAUGAAUAACAUGAAACAGCAACACCUUCAGGCCCAAUUACAGCUCCAGCUACAACAGCAGCAGCAACAGCAGCAGCAACAGCAGCAGCAGCAACAACAACAACAACAACAACAACAACAACAACAACAACAACAGCAGCAGCAGCCUCAGAGCAGCAGUCUGAUUCAGAAAAAUGCUCUGCUUGCUCGUCUGUUAUCACGUAAAAACGCAAAAGAGACCAAGAUUUUUACACAGUUGACCAUCGGACAGUCUUCAAAUCCUUGUGAAAAUCCUCACAAUAGGUUACCGAAGAAUUUGACUGACAAAAUCAUGGUUCUGAAACCCACUGAAAAACACCAAAACUUGAAUCCAAUAAAGAAAUCAAAAGAGGAUGUAAAUAACAAGGAGUUAAAACUUGAGACUUCCUCCUUCCCUGCUAAUGGCACCAGUAAACCUGACGAUAGUUUGAGUAGGUUGACAAACAACGCUAUGGAUGUUAGCAUUAACUCAAAUAACAACAUGGUAACAUCAUCAAGUUUCAACUCGUUGCCAACAGCAACACCUAACAACACCAGUCAGCAAUACCAGGAGCAGUAUGCCCAGCUACAACAACUGUUGUCAGGUAGCAACCAGGCAAGCCAGCUGCCUAGCAACAUGGAGAUGGACCAGGUGGACAACCCAGACACACUGCUGGACCAGAUCCUCCAGCAGGCUGCAGACUUACAGCAGGACAUGUCUCAGGGCAACAUACAGAGGUCCACUCCAAACUUAAGUGACGAGUCAAUCAUAUCUCAACUGGAGCAGGUACUAAGUGACUCAGGUUUUUCUGAGCUGGAUAACAUGCUGGGACUGACUCAAGACUCGGGCAAGGGCAGGACAGAUGCCAACGAUGAUAUGGCCAUCAAGGCCAUACAGCAACAGCUGAUGAGUGAGGAGCCCUCACAGCCAAACAAGAAAGCCCCACAGCCACCUAUGAUGGGGCAGACACGUGUCAGUUCCAGCAUGCCACAGCCCCAGGGAUUCAACCCAGCGGUGAUUGGACAGCAGCAGCAGCAACAGCUGGGACAAAUGUCUUCAGGGGUGGGGCUUAACAACCUUCGCUUUCAGCUUCAGCAGAUGGCACCACGAGCCCAGCAGCAGCAGCAGCAACAGCAACAGCAACAGCAACAGCAGCCCCCUGCUCUGUCCCCACAGCAAGCGUUCAACCAGGCAGCUCCCUCAAACUUCAGCGCCCAGGGGCCUAGACUUCCCGGACCACAAGUGCCCGUUGCUAGUGCCUUACCUGGUAACCAGCAGCAGCAGAGACCAGUUUUCAACAUGAACCCCAACUCGACAGCCAGCCAGGUACGACAGUCCCUCCUCCACCAACAGAAACUCAAGCAGAUGCGUGAGAUUGAGAAGCGAAGGAUGGAGAGACAGCGACGCUUACUUCAAAGUCAACUGAGCCAGCAGUUCAAUCAACACUUUCCUCCGGGAAUGGAGAACCAGGUAAACACCUUCCCAGAAAACCUUGGAGAUUUAAUGAACAGCGGCAGUGCUCCUAAUGUAACUAUCCAGAGGAAUCAGAUUCCCGGCCCGAUGUCUCCCCAUUACAGUCCGGCGGGUCUACAACAGAUCCUCGGGCCAGGCACGCCCAAUAGCCAGAUGAACCAACAGGGGCCACAAACACCACAGCCCUCCACCACUAAUAUGAACCCUAUGCUAGGGCCGACACCUCCCUCUUCUCAGAUGUCUCCCCACUACAAUCAGCCACAGAACCAGUGGGGAGUGGCGCGGUCACAACAGCCUGGCAGCAUGCAGAGCCCCUUGGGUAUACCACAGGGAUCACAGUUCAAUAUCAAUCGACACCGUUCAAUGUCUGGUGGGUCUAUACCCAACUCCAGCCAUCAACAGAGCCGUUUCCAGUUUCCGGGGGAAGGACAGUUCAGUGGAAGCCAGACCGGGGCAAACUCUAUGGGGAUGUUUAAUCAACAAUCACAACAACAACAGCAGCAGCAGCAACAGAUGUUCAGUCAGAACCGAAUGAUGCAGAGGCAAAUGAGUUUACCUCCAGGCCGAGCGUCGCCGCGCACACCUCACAGUCCCUUCGGGAGUAGUCCCGACCCCUUAUUGAUGUCACCCCAUGCCAUAUCACCCAACACCUCACAUCGGCAGCCGACCAAUCAGGUUAGCCCGCCUUUCAACCAAUCAGUGUCCACAGCUAGCUUCAACCCACCCAUGUCCAACUUCAACCCUGCCGUGUCGACGAUGUCAGGAAUGUCGAGAAUGGGUCAGGUGACCAACUCUCAAGGGACAGCACAGGCGUCAACGACCUUCGAUGACUUUGACAUGCAGUUUGGAGACCUAGAUACUAGUAAAAAGAUAGACCUUGGUUUAGGGAUGGGUGUCAACUCCACCUCUCAAUAUGUCAAACAAGAGCUGAGAAAUAUAUGUGCUGCCAGAUCAGAAAAGCAAAACCAACAACAACAACAACAACAACAGCAGCAACAACUCCAGGCCAUGCAACAGCAGCAGCAGCAACAACAGAUGGCACACCAACAACAGGACAACUACGAAUCUAGUGAAAUUCCUCUCGACAUAUUUGAGCAAAUUGACGAGAUGGCUAAGGAGCACGGUGUUAAUCCCGGACAAAGUCGGGGAGGUCUCAACCUUGGUGACUUCAAAGAAGAAGAGAUUGUCCAGAAACAGCGCCUAGAGGCUAAGGACCGCUAUCAGCAGUUCCAGGCCCUGUCUAAACUGGAAAAGCCAGAACCAGCAGCGGUAUCUGACCCCGAGGUGAAGGCCACAUCUUUAUUUAGAGCACAGCUGUUACAGCCAGGCCAGCAGGCGGGGUCAGGGGGGAGACAGCCAGGACUCACGGACCGACUCAAGGUCCAAGUGGUGCAAAAAGAACCAAGGACGAACUGCGAGGACAUCAAGCCGGCGGAACACAAGAACAGUCUUCUUCAGCAACUUCUCUCCUCGGAAUGACGAAACGCCAGAUUUAGAGUCUGAUAAUUCUUAUUGUUAUUUUUAUGUUGACUUGUUGUCAGUAAGGCUGGACUAACACGGGUUAUAGACAGAUUCCGCUCAGUGUGGACAGAUCCGCGAGGACAGAUCCACACUUCGGAAAGGAAAAUCCACUCAGUGUGGGAUAUUCCAUACAUGGACGACCAACUCUGUGAAAUGUGAUGAGCAUCUGUGUUAAAGAUGGAACCAAGUGUGAAGAGAUUCUACAUGUGGAAGACAGAAUCCACUUAAUGUUAACAAAUAUUUUGGGGAAUUGAAUCCACAUUCGAAGACAACAAUACGUAUGAAUUCUUUUACAUAUGUGGUGUGUUACUGAGGACCACAGAGACUAUAAUUCAUGUGUACGGUGUGGAGACGUGUUUCACAAAAGGCUCCGUGACGAAGGAAUGGACAACAGUCGAAGAUUUUGAUUUCUUGAUUGUAGUCAGCUUGUGGAUCAAAUCCACAGAGUUACGAACAUUCCUUCAGGGAUGCAGGGGUACAGUGUCUUUAGUGUGAAAUAAUCCACUAGUGGAGGUGAUGAAAAUGAGACAGUGGUUAACACUGAAUAGCGACACACAGUGUCAAGCCGUAUGGAUACCACGAACAGAUACCCAGUGUCUUAGUGACGGAUAUGGUAAGCAAGGACAGACACCCAGUGUCUUAGUGACAGAUAUGGUAACCAAGGACAGACAUCCAGUGUCUUAGUGACUGAUAUGGUAACCAAGGACAGACACCCAGUGUCUUAGUGACGGAUAUGGUAACCAAGGACAGACACCCAGUGUCUUAGUGACUGAUAUGUUAACCAAGGACAGACACCCAGUGUCUUAGUGACGGAUAUGGUAACCAAGGACAGACACCCAGUGUUUAGUGACACUUUGGUAACAAAGCAAGAGGCAUACAGUGUCUUGUGAUGUGGUGUGGUGACCGCACUGUGUGGCCGAGUUAUAUGUGGCCAGGGACAAUACGGCUACCAUACAGAGCCCACUGUGGUGAGCUGACGGAGAAUAUGGCUACCACACACAGCAAUGUGUGGCAAGUUUUUGGCAACAAGAGACAAUAUGGCUACCAUACACAGCACUGUGUGGCCGAGUUGUCUGUACAUCCAGUGUGACAGUGUUGAAUAUCUCCUUCCCCUGUUGACUUUGCGACUGUGGCACUGAAGGAUUAAGACCAGGGGGAGGAGGAUGUGUUCGGAGGUAAUAGUGGAGGAGAUACGAAGAUCAAGGACAGCUCUGCUACUCUCCCAGGCCUUGGGAACCAAUCAAUGUGCGUGGGCCAGUACUGCAGGGUACGGCCUACAGCACAAAGUGCCUAAUCAAACAACAAUAAACCAGGGAUUUUUCUUCAUUUAAAACUAUGUAUACUUAUGAAGUAAGUGUAUAUUUUUCGUAUCUGAAGAUAUGUACCACGUUUUUACACGACAACAAUGGAGAAGUAUAGAUUUCUGUAGGUGUCUGUUAUCAUUGAGAUAGACCAAAUAAUUCCUGUGGAAUUUUGUCUUCAAUUCUCCGUGUCGUCGCUGGAUCCUGUGGUUGUCCAAUUUCUAUUUCACCAUAAAUGUUUGAAAGUAAUGGCCAUUUCAACACGUACAGUCCGCUGUACUAUAUUAGCAUCAUCCAUGCCUCUCACAAAAGAACACUAUUAUUUUGACAUACUGAAACUUCUGUUAAUGCCAGAAUUCAUGUACUAUUCAGAAUGAGGAUAAUCGUGACAUUAAAUACAAAUUAUAUAUGACAUGUGAGACAAUUUUGCUAGGCAGCUAAUAUGUAGGCCCCUCCCCCCUUAUUUUUAGAUUUGAUUAAGCUAAUGCCUUAGAAACAGACGGAAACAACUAAAGUUACACAAAUUGUGUUCUUGCCUUUAAUUAUACAUAGUGUGAACCAAAAGUAUGUACGUACCGCAUACAGAUCUCACAACCUUUGACCUUGGUCGGGACUAAUUCCUCCACGACGCCACUAAGUGACGGGAUGGAUGUGUUUGUGUAGGCGAUGUCUUUGUAGAGACAAUUAUUCAAGUGAUGUUUUCCUUAAAAAUCAAAAUGAUGGCUCUUGCUACAUUACAACGAAGUUAGUCGAGGGAAGUUAGUCGAGGGAAGUUUGUGUGAACAUAUGAUACCCAGAUAUAUUUGUCAAGUUGGAAAACGACGUCUGAACCGAGACUGAAUGCUGUAGAGGUUUACAAUUCAGUCGACUCGACGGCAGUGAGGAAGAUCAGCAGACAACUCAUUGACAUACAGGAUAUCAAUAACACUUAUAUUAUGGAAAUACACGGAGCUCACAUAAUAUAUACUCAUUAUCUAGGGCAAAUAAUAAUGGAUCGUGCCAGCUAAGCCUGAUCCAGUGAUGUUGAGGUAUUUCUUCAUAGAAAACCAUAAUCAAAACAGAGGCUGUUUGUACGAGUUUGAGGUUGUACAUGUGACUAGCCUCACACUAAAACUUCUGUCAGAGAAGUUUGUGUGUGGAGGGGGGAGGAAUUAAACUGUGUAAAGUGUAUAUCAUAUACUGUAUGUAUAUAAGUCAUGUCCACAUAUAUAUUAUAUAUCAAAUGUAUGUCUGAUUAGUCAUCCAUUUGAUGAUUUAAAGUAACAUUGUGUAAAAUUACACACUAUUGGUAUAAUGAAUCGUGCAUCCCUUCAUUUUAUUCAUAUUCAUUCAGAUUGUAAAACUAUUUUUGUUUCCCGAAGUGAUAGCAAGAAACUACAAUGUAACUUGGGAGUUAUAUGUAUAUAUAUAACACACUUGGGUUUUUUAGUGUUUGUUUCUUUUUUUGUUUUUAUUUGUUAUCACAGAAGAGAAAUAUAAAACAAAAAAAGAAGCUGAAUUCGUUGGAACUAUUUUUAUCCUAGGAACAGUGCAUUAUUAUAUAUAUAUGUUAUGUGUGUAUACAUGUCUUCGCCACCUCUAGCUGUAGUACAUACUUGUGAUAAUUGUUUCAUUUUUUUUUUUAAUUUUAAAUCUCUUGCCAACUAAGUGUAGUGUCUUUAUCAUUAACAGUUUUAUAAUAGAAAAAGUAUAAUACUUUACUCUCCUUAAUAUAAAAAUUCAAAUUCUGUAAAGUCAUCGAAAGACGAUAUUCUAUAGGUUUAUUAAGGAUAAGAUAAGGUCAUAUUCAACCUGGUGUAAGAAUAUUAUCAAUAAAGGUCAAAUUGUAGGUCAUUCAUGAAAAAAAACAAGUUAUGUAAUAUAGGGACUCUGAAAAGAAAACGAUAAAUUUUAUGAGGUUGUUGGCAGGAAAUGUCACCUUUUUAUGAAAAGGGACAAAUUCCGUAUUGUUUUUAAAGCUAGAAAACCAUUGAUUGGAAGGACAAGUUCAAUUUAGUCUUUAUCUCAUUCACCCCUGAAGACACAUUUUAACUCUUCCAAUUCAAAGGUUGGAAUAGUUCAUUAUGAAAUUUCAGGGGUGAAUGAGUUUUAAGGCCUAAUUCUAUAUGCAGUCAUUGACUUAAAAAGUCAAAUUUUGUUAGAUCACUGACAAGAAAGGUCCCAUUAUAAGGUCAUUGUUAGAAAGAACAGCUUCUUAUAGAUCACAUUAAAUGGCUUUGUUUCCUUGUUCGUUUUUUUUUUAAACUUCUUCUAUCAAUUGAAUAGUUUAGGAAAAUAAAAGGAAUGGUAGACUAAUAAAUUUUAUUGGAGGUAGUUAUAGAAAUGUCCUCUUCUUGAACAUAUUUUUAUCCAUUUUUCUAUUUUAAUGAAAUAAAGUAGCAUAUGUUGCAUUAUGGGUAAUAUCUAGCUACAUAUAUUUCAAUAUAUAUUUUAAAAUUAAAUUUAGAUCCUUUGAUCAUGAAAUACCUACAUUUCAAUUUAAAUCAAUACAGUCAUUUUACCAUCAGUAUACUUCAGAACCUUGUCAAUGGAGAUUUUUCCCCUCUUUGACUAAAGGGAAUGGACAUUUGUCUGUAGACAGGGGAGUAGUUUCUUAAACUUACGCUUGCAUGUUUCUUCUGUAUUAUUUUAGUUUUAGAAAAAUCCACUAAUAGACGUCAAUAGUAUUUUUCGAAUAUAGUAUUUUAAUGAGUUAUGAUAAUAAAUAACAAUGAAUCAGUUUUGUUUAUUAUACUAGGUAAAUUUGAUUACAAUUUUUCAAACAUGCUAAACGGGUCAUAUGAGACUUGCUCAAAAGCGUUCCUACGAUAAAAAUAGAUGAAUUUGCAAUAUUCAAUGUUACGUGUGUACUCAGGUCUUUGAUUCAUGUUGAAAUGGAGUCACUUUGUUCUCCGAUGGCGGCGGCAGUGAUGGUCGGAGAACAAUGUAUUUUUUUUGUUGCGAUUGACGUGGCCAGACAUUGUAUAUGACUAGUAUUAUGUUACAUUGACACUAAGAGAUUAGGAUGCUAGGGCCAGACCUACUGCUCGGUGUUCUAUCUCGUAAAACAUCAAUACCGGUUGAUUUGUCGUGAUAUGUUUAUACAUGUUGUGUCUCUAUUUGUGUGUUUUCUCUUGCAUCAUUGUUCUCUUUAAGAACGGCAAUGGAUAAAAAUAAAUUUAAAAUUGUACCGGGAAAUCUUCAUACGGGUAAUGAGGUGGGACAUGCAGCAGCAUAUCAAGUGGAGUAAUAACAAUAGUAGUGGUUAGAUUCAGGUGUUAAAACAGAAGAUGGAAGUAAUGGAUUUUUAUGCAAUAAAAAUAAAAUAUUAUUAACAUGGUGAUAGUACAAGUAUCAACAGUAGUCGUUUUGUACAAUUAAUUUAAAACAUUGCAGAAAUAAGUCUGUUUUGUUUUGACAAACAAUGGUAGAUUUUUAUAAGACAGUUGAAGUGAUAGCUUAAUUAAACUCAUAUUCUAUGUGAGAAUUCUCAGAAUAAAUAUUCAAAAAGGCUAAAAACAAUGAUUGAGUGAAACGCUUAUCUACCAGGGAUGGUAAAUGAGGAUUGAGUGAAACUUGAGUGAAACGCUUAUCUACCAGGGAUGGUAAAUGAGGAUUGAGUGAAACGCUUAUUUACCAGGGAUGGUAAAUGAAACUAUGGUUGUCUGCAUGUUUUACUGUAGUGAUAAUGACAUAGGGCAAAAGGUCAUAGGACAGAAACAUCUGAACUGGACUAAUAACCAGGGCAACACCAUCGCUUACUUCAGGUGUACACUCUGACGUUGUUCCACCUAUCUAGUGUCGGGUGAAUUACACCUCCAGUCGUAGUUCCACCUAGCUAGUGUCAGGUGAAUUACGCCUCCAGUUGUAGUUCCACCUAGCUAGUGUCGGGUGAAUUACGCCUCCAGUUGUAGUUCCACCUAGCUAGUGUCAGGUGAAUUACGCCUCCAGUCGUAGUUCCACCUAGCUAGUGUCGGGUGAAUUACGCCUCCAGUCGUAGUUCCACCUAGCUAGUGUCAGGUGAAUUACGCCUCCAGUUGUGGUUCCACCUAGCUAGUGUCAGGUGAGUUACGCCUCCAGUUGUAGUUCCACCUAGCUAGUGUCAGGUGAGUUACGCCUCCAGUUGUAGUUCCACCUAGCUAGUGUCAGGUGAAUCACGCCUCCAGUCGUAGUUCCACCUAGCUAGUGUCAGGUGAAUUACGCCUCCAGUCGUAGUUCCCACUAGCUAGUGUCAGGUUAAUCACACCUCUAUGUGUUGUUCCACUAGGGUGAACUGUCCUUCAGAUGUUAAUUAAAGGUUGUGAUAGAAAAGAUAUAUAGAGCUCUAGCAAAGUCAGUGAUUAGGUCCUUCAGGGAAUAAAAGUUUUCAAUCAGCACACUUUCAAAAAUAUAGAAUUUUAUGAUUUAACAUUAAUGGCAGAAUUCAAAAUAGUCAUCAGAGAAGACAAACAUUUUAUCAGACAUUUUGAUUUUCAAAACAAAAAAUUCUUACUUGUAAUGUUCAAAGAAAAUUUGUAACAUGUUAAAACAAGAUUGACAAAGUCUUCUCCAUUUACUUUUAGAUAGUUUGUUUAUAGUGCUGGUGCUGCUGCACUUAGUGAACACAGUUAUUUUACAGGUAAAUGACCGGUAGAAACGACACAGAGCAGGGUUAAUCAGACCCCUGUACAUAGGUAAAGGCUGCAGCCUGUAUACAAUACAUGUGCUAGUUGUUUUGUUUGUUUUAUUUUUCAAAUGCAUAAUAGAUACAGUUAGCUGGAAGCUUAACAUGUCCGGGAUAGAACCUGCUAGCAUAUUAAGGCUGAAAGAAUGUGGAGAAAUUGAGUUCAGAACAGUAAGCUUUUCCUGUAAUUAACUCAUUUACCCCCGUGGACAAAUUUGAACUCUUCCAAUUCAAAGGUUGGAAUACCCAGGUAGUUCAUUAUGGAAUUUCAGGGGUGAAUGAGUUAAGACACUGAAAGCCUGUUUUGUGAUAUAUGAAGAUAACACCAUGUUAUUUUUUUGAUUCUUUUCAUCAAAAUAAAGUUAUGAAUCAUUUGCUGAUUACUGUUAAGCUUUUGCUGAGUGUACUUGGCUUUGAUGUUGGAACUAUUCACCAGAAUAGAGGUAACAGGGUCUAGUUCAACACAAAAUUCUUUGUAAAAUGAUUUUUUUUCUUUUUGUGUUGUAAAUGGAAAAUGUCAGGGGAGAUAACUGCAUUCCCGGUGAUGUUCUGCUUUUAUCUGUUGUCAUGGAAACAGCACAGAGUUGAUAUAUUAUAAUGCAACUUGAUUGAAUUGAUAUUACGUUAAAAGUAAGAAAAGAAGUGAUCGAUGUUGCUGGGGGUGGGGGAGUGUUGUAUCUUUGCCCGGUAAUAGAAAUGUUAGAGAACUACAUACAUGGAUACCCCUAAAUGAUAUGUAAACGCCACUUUAUGCAAUAUAUGCUUGGGUUACAUAUACUUUGUGGCGAAAUUGUUCAGAAAAUAGUUCCUUCAAUUAUAUGACAUUUGUUGAACAGAAUAUAUGUCAUCUAAAAGUUUGAAAAACUCGGCCAUGCUUGUUCAUUAAAUUUAUUUUAUGUUUUCUAAUCUAUGAAUAUUUCCUAAAUAUCUUAGGUAAUAUUCAUAGAUUAGGAAAUAUAAAAUGUUUGGCAACACAAUUUCUCACAAAUUAAAUGUCACUACAAUAAAGAACAGUUUGACGUCAUAAUAACUUCUCUCUGAACUUGAAAACCCAGAUAAUGCUUUUUUUUGUUUGAUGGGAGAAGGAAUAAUUUAUGAAAUACAAAAAGUGUAUUUCAUAAAUCUGAAUGUAACAUAGCUUUUUUUGUUAACGUUCAAAUUUUGUUAUACGAUCCAAGGAAAAAACGUACAUGGAAACACACUGUUUCUAAAGGAAGUCAAAAAUCUGUCCGCAUGCAGGUUUUAUAGCACAAUGUUUUUUUAAUUUUCCAUUUGCAGAAAAUGUAUUUCAAUAGAGUUGUGUUCAAAACUGCACAUACUCUCUAAACAAAUUUUAAAAAAACAUACAUGAUUUGAAAAUUGUUAAUUGAUACUUUUUAUUACAAAAAACUUCCUAAAUAAGAUUUAAAUGUGCCUUAAGGCAAAAAUAUAUUUGUUUUAGUUAUCUCCCUUUACUGUGUUAAAUUCUCACAGAAACAAUGUUUAAGUUACAAUUUUUCAUUUGUAACAUUGAUUUUUAAAAUAUCAAAUGCCCUAUUGCCAUUUCAAAGACAACAAAAUAAGGUAAUAGCACCCAACAAAUCAAAUAUAUCAUUGUUGAAGAAACGCAUUAUCUGGUUCAGGCUAAGUUGUUUUGUGGUUGUAAAUGUUAUGAUUCGGACACCUCGUACUUGGGGGAAAAUAGAGUGUGUUUAUGCUUUCAAUGCUAAUAUGAAUUUUGUCGUUGUUUCUCAAUGAUUCUGCAAGAAAAACAAGAGGGCAAUAAAUGCAAUUUCUGCCGUAGCCAGAAAUUCGGUCUUAGGAUCAGGUUAGUUAAUUCUGUGCAGACUUGCAAUCCUUGAAGUGGUGAGUUUAUAUUGAAAACUCUCAGUCCAAGGGAUGGACAGUUUGUAUUAGGGAAUUCCUGUUCUUGUGACAGGUUUUCAGUUCUAUGAAUCAAUCCAAUAUAAGGGGUGGAUAAUUUGUUUAAAAUGUCUUGCAUGAAUGUGUUUCCAUGCAUGAACAUGUAAACUUUGUUUUUCUUCUUGUCCUUACUUUGUAUUGUUUUCUCUGUCUCCUGUCUAUCCGUUGUUUGUUUUUCCCUUAAAUCAGUUUUGAUGAAAAUGAUGGUUUUGUCAUGCAUUUAACUCCCUCUUCUUUGUUACCUAUUUUCAUAUUUCCAUCAAGUGCUAACAUGAUUUGUCUUUUAAAAACAUAUAUAUAUAUACAUAACAUAUAGCUCUAUAAAAUAAAUCUGUAUAUAUUUGAAAACAUUGAGACGAGGAAAUAUCUUAUUCUUUUUCCGUCAUGAUACCUGUAAAACACUUUUAUUUCACCCCGAGAACAUCAAUUGUCACCUUUUUUCUGUGUUGGUAUAUUGCCUUGUUCCGUGAUUUUGAAGUUUUUGUUAUAUUGUUACUGUGUCAUAAACAUACAUAAGUUUUUUGUUUUCAUUAAUAACAACUGUCUGGCCAGGCUAAAUGUUUAUUAUGAUCAUGUACAAAGUAUAGUGUUGUUAUUUUUGAUGCUUAUUCUCACCAUGUUGUUGAGAGCUUCGGGUCAACUUCGUUUUGUUUCGAGAGUACAGUCUUCGGUUUACUCUCCUUUUUGUUUGGAGGGUAAGGACCUGGGUCAUUCAGUACAAUCACGUCUGUAGGGAGAAUUAAAACAUGUUGUUUUCUGUCAUCUUCAUCAUUGUAUAGCCCAUUAUAGUUCAAUGGAAUUCAGGAAAAAUACAUUAAAGAUAAAUAAAAAUA